GGGGAAGGACGGCUGAAGAAAGUCUCCCCACACAGCUCCAGUAGCCACAUUUGCAGCCUCAUCCGUCCGUCCAAAACCUGCUCCCACCUUGGGCCCAGGCCGACCGUAGGUGUGCUGCCGCAAUGGGUUCUGAGCUGGAGAUGGCGAUGGAGACCCUCAUCAACGUGUUCCACACCCACUCGGGCAAGGAGGGGGACAAGUACAAGCUGAGCAAGAAGGAGCUGAAAGAGCUGCUGCAGACCGAGCUCUCCGGCUUCCUGGAUGCCCAGAAGGAUGCAGAUGCUGUGGACAAGGUGAUGAAGGAGCUAGAUGAGAACGGAGAUGGGGAGGUGGACUUCCAGGAGUAUGUGGUGCUGGUGGCCGCUCUCACAGUGGCGUGUAACAACUUCUUCUGGGAGAACAGUUGAGCAGACAGCCCCAGUGGGCAGCGCCCUUCCCCUCCACUUGCCAGACCUGCUUCUUUACCCCGCUUCUGCCUCACCCCACUUAUCCUUCCCCUCCCUCCUACCCUUGCCCUUCCAACCCCCCCCCC